GGUUCAAAAAAACCGCUUAUAUUUGUGCUUCUUCUAAAAAAAAAACGAUUUUGUCUCGUGCGAAACUCUCGACCGCUGCCGCCGCUUACUUCCGGCCACGCCAUUCACUGCCGGUGGAAAGGCACAGUCCUCUGCUUUGCACGAACAGGAGUAAGUACUAUCCAGAUUGCAGAAAAAAUGUUUUUCCACAUAGUAUUGGAGCGGAAUAUGCAACUGCACCCGCGUUACUUUGGUCGUAAUCUUCGUGAUAAUCUUGUUUCCAAGUUAAUGAAAGAUGUGGAAGGCACUUGCAGUGGUCGACAUGGAUUUGUUGUGGCAGUUACUGGGAUUGAAAACAUUGGGAAAGGUAUAAUUCGCGACGGUACUGGAUUCGUGACAUUUCCGGUUAAGUACCAAUGUGUAGUCUUCAGACCAUUUAAAGGAGAGAUCUUAGAAGCUGUUGUUACCAUGGUUAACAAGAUGGGAUUUUUCGCUGAAGCUGGUCCUGUUCAAAUUUUUGUUUCAAACCAUUUGAUUCCGGAUGAUAUGGAAUUCCAGUCUGGAGACAUGCCAAAUUACACUACUUCAGAUGGAUCAGUUAAGAUUCAAAAAGAUAGUGAAGUUAGAUUGAAGAUAAUCGGUACUCGAGUGGAUGCUACUGAAAUUUUCUGCAUAGGUACCAUAAAAGAUGAUUUCUUGGGUGUGAUCAAUGAUCCUGCAACCGUUUAAAUGCACCUCUCUGCACUCUUCUACCAUGGCAUGGAAUUUUUCACAUGAAAUCCUUCAGAUAUCUUGGUGUAGUUCUUACUUAAAUUACCAACAACUCGUCAAUGAAUUAAUUGUUGAUCAAAUACUCUUAUUAAUUCAAUUGUUUAGUCUGCUAUGUGUAUAUAAAUUAAUUAGUACUGGUUACUUUGUUGCGUCAAUCAACAACCUCCGCAUUGCACCCCAAAUUAAGCAUGUAGUAAUAUAAGUUUGGUCCAAUAUAUGUAUUUUUUUUCUUCUUAUAUUUUGUUGAGGAGGGAGUAUUGGUUAUCAUCA